CUGCAGGUGCACCUAAACAAACUGGAGGCUGGACAGCUUCAGCUUCUCGUACAGAAAUCAAGUUCGAUUCAGGUGAUUGGUUCACUUGGUUCACUGAUAGAAAUUUUUACUUUCACCUAUUUUGUUGUUCACUAUGGGUCCCCCUUGUAUCAUAGAUGGACGGUUUGAUGAUGAAUAUUUCCAGCAAACCGAAGAGUCAAGUCAAUUUAGGCAAGAGUAUGAGAUGCGGAAAAUGAAACAGGACCAAGGUUUGGAUGUCAUAGCAGAAGGUUUGGAUACAUUGAAAAACAUGGCCCAUGAUAUGAACGAGGAAUUGGAUAGGCAAGUUCCUUUGAUGGAUGAGAUUGACACUAAGGUGGACAGGGCAACAUCUGACCUAAAGAAUACCAAUGUUAGACUUAAGGACACUGUUAACCAGCUGAGAUCGAGUCGAAAUUUCUGCAUCGAUAUUAUCUUGUUGUGUAUAAUACUGGGCAUCGCGGCCUAUUUAUACAAUGUAUUGAAGUAAAAUGGUAAAAUGGGCUAUCGGAUCUGUUACUGUGACAGUGGAUUUGUCUGGUUUAUUUCUUGCGUUCAUUGAGGUCUUACUCUGAGCUUGAGUUUUGGUUUCCUUUGCUCUUCUAAUGUUUUGCAUGUCUUUAACUUGGAGAGUGCACUUUUGUCUUUUAAAUACAAACAUGGAUACAACACGUCUCUGUUAAUCAUCUUGAUUUUGCUGAGCUACAAAUCGCUGAACACCACUUUUAGAGAUUGGUUACUUGUUUAAAAUUUGUUGAUAUAAGCUGAAAGACUUUCAGCAAAAUUAAAUUGUAUUCACAGACAAAUGAUAACAUCGGAAAAACUUUGGACAG